AUGGGCAGGUCAUUAGCCACAGAGGACUACGAGAGAGUUCUCCUGAUCAAGGACCACAGCUCUCAGACCAUUUAUAAAACUGAAAACCUCACGACUCGACCUGCCCAAAUACCACGAUCAAACACACCGUCCACCUCGGCACGAAACGAACAAGAAAUGGCAGCAGAUGGACCCCUGACACAUGGCCACAAAGGAGCCGUCAAGUCCCGAAAUUUCGCCUUGAUGAGCAUGUUCGGCGUGUUCGCCGGGGCUUGGCUGGUUUUCCGUGUUCUUGCGCCCAAGCGUGGGUCCUAUGUGGUUUCGGACGAGGAGCGGGCGACUAUGCGUGGUGGUCUCGGUGAUAAGUUCCCUGAGGGGAACAGGACGGCGACGGUGCCUAAGAGUGUAGAAAGGACCUAG